GUUUUGCUUGUCAGAUUCUCCCCAUCUGUCAAACUUGUGGACGACUCCGCACAAAAAUUGCGAAAAAGUUUCUCGAUACGCUUCGGUUUCGGUUCCGUCGGAGAAAUUCCUCCAGAGAUUGCGUGGAUCGCGCGGCAUGUUCGCGUCGCGUUGACUAGGCCACACUUCCGAGGAAGUCUGCGGGUGGGUGCGGUUCCGGAAGAGCGGUGUGUGCGCGCGCGUUUGUUUACCUUCGCAAGAGGAACGGAGUGUUUUGGAUUUUUUAGGGUCUUGGGAAGAUCCGGAGGAUGGACAAUUGCCAUAACUAUGCCACGACCUCCAAGAAGAGGAGGAUUCCCAUUUCGGACGACAUACACAUAAUCAUCAAAAAGUUCCGGGACAAGGACAAGCACGACGAGAAGCCUUCAACUUCCGGCGAUCAUGACUACGACGAUGAACACAGCAUGGACUCGGAAGAGCUGAAGCGGGUUCGCCAGCAGGAGCCUUCCUCGUCGUGCGUGACGGCCAGCACUUCGUCCAGCAACAGCAGCGGGACGCUUGGAGGUGCGGGUGGUUCUACGACGGUGGUGACGAGCGGCGGUGCGUUCUCCGGAGGAACUGGAAUCACGAUUCAGCAGCAGCAGCUCCAACAACCGGCGUCCUCCCAGUCGGAUGACAUCAAGCUGAUCUUGAAAAAGUUGUCCAACAUCGAGGAGCUGCUGAAGGUGGUGGCCGAGCAGAGCUUUAACCGGCUAGCGGCCCUCAAGCAGGAAACUCCCGGCGCUUCCGGUGUCGUCACGAAUCCGGCUGCGGCCGGGCUGGGCCUGAUUGCGGCCGAGUCGAGCUGCAUGAACGUGGUGCAGGAACCGACGUUCAAGUUCCCGCUGCGAACCCUCAAGGAACUGAUCGAACUGAACAAGGGCAUCUGCAGCGACGAAAGUCUGUACAAUAAGCUGUUUGAGUAUCUCACCAAAAUCAAGCUGGAAUGUGAUGAAAACAUCGUGAUGAACGCCCUCAGCAUGCUGAUCAGCGACGAGGUGCUGGACGCGGUCACCUGGGACGGGGGCAAAAAGUUCAAGCUGUCCUCGCUGGUCAUCUUCAGCGAUUCGCUGUACGUCGCCUGGUUCAAGGACCGGCUCAAGUACGACGAGUACGUGGCCGAGAUGAAGGAUGCCAUCGAAAAGUCGCACAAGCGGUUCGCCAAGACGAAGGCGAAAAAAUCAACCUCCCAGCAGCAGCAGCCCCAAACGUUGACCCUGACGACGGCCAGCGAUGGCCAGCUGUUUCUGGCGUAGUACGGGACGGGACAUUGUGAUUACUUUUCUCUCUCUACCGAAGGCGGCACCGCGGCGAAAGGUAGGAACUUUUAGUUGAGAAACUGAUGUAGAAUAUGGUAGUGAUCCCCCCUUUCCAAUCGUUCCCCUCCCUGAAAAACUUUCUCAAGAAAGCACCACACAACAUCUCCCACGUUUGUUUUACACCAAACUCACCAACACCAACACAUUUAAUCAAUAUAAUCAAACGAGUUUUGUUUCGGGACAAAUUUGGAACAUUUUUAGAGAGCAGAGCAGGAAAUAAAAAAAAAAUCCGAACCGAAAGUUUCAAUGUUUUCAGUUUCUGGGUUUUGCAACGAGCGAGUUGAACUUUGUAGCCAAGUGUGAUUAAUGAAUACAAAACAAACAAACAAACAAAAAAAAAAAAAAAGAUUAAA